GGAGGAGCCUUCAGAGCUAGCAACGAGCUAAUGUCGCGUUUGGUCUCAGUGUUAUUAUUGUAUGGAGGUCAUUCAAUAUGGCGUCCCACUUUAGCGGUGUAUUACAACUAACUGAUUUGGAUGAUUUUAUUACACCGUCCCAGGAAUGCGUAAAGCCAGUGAAAGUGGACAAGAAGCAGGGGCGAUCUGUGGCCAAAAUCAAGAUCGACGAUGGCAAUUACUUUCAAGUUAAUGAGGAUGGUCACAUGCAGAAGUUGGAGAAAGCCAAGAUCACUCUGAAUGAUUGUCUGGCCUGCAGUGGCUGCAUCACAUCAGCCGAGAGCAUCCUGAUCACUCAGCAGAGUCAUGAGGAGCUAUACCGAGUGCUCCGCCUCAACAAGCAGAGUAGCAGCACUGAGCAGAAGCUGGUUGUAGUGUCAGUGUCCCCACAGUCUCGAGCUUCCCUAGCCACACAAUACUCUCUCAGCAGCAGUGAGGUGGCCAGGAGGCUUACAACCUUCUUUAAAAAUCUGGGUGUUCAUUAUGUGUUUGACACUGGCUUCAGUCGCACCUUCAGCCUACUGGAGAGUCAGAGAGAGUUCCUCGAGAGGUUUGCUCGGAAAGAAGAGGACAAGAAAGCCUUGCCUUUGCUGACCUCUGCCUGCCCUGGUUGGAUCUGCUAUGCUGAGAAAACGCAUGGUGACUUCAUCCUGCCUUACAUCAGCACAACACGUUCCCCACAACAGAUGAUGGGUUCACUGGUCAAGAGGUUCUUCGCUAGUCAGCAGGGUGUUGAACCGCAAAAGAUUUACCAUGUGACCGUAAUGCCUUGCUAUGACAAGAAACUGGAAGCUUCCAGAACUGAUUUCUACCUUACAGAGGCAGAAACCAGAGAAGUGGACUGUGUCAUUACAUCAGGAGAAGUUCUCAAGAUGCUGGAAGAGGAGGGUGUGUCUCUGAGUGAUAUAGAGCCAGCACCUUUAGAUACUAUGUUCAGUAAUGUGUGUGGUGAGGAGUUGUUGUGUCAUGCUGGGAGUGGUUCAGGAGGAUAUCUUCAUCAUGUUUACACUCAUGCUGCCAAACAACUCUUUGGAGUUGAAGUAGAGGAACUUACAUACAAGACCCUUAAAAACAAGGACUUCCAGGAAGUCAUUUUAGAGAAAGAUGGAGAAGUCCUUCUGCGCUUUGCUGCCACUUAUGGCUUCAGGAAUAUUCAAAACCUUGUGCAGAAGUUGAAGAGGGGAAAGUCACCAUACCAUUUUGUAGAAGUCAUGGCAUGUCCAUCAGGGUGCCUGAAUGGAGGAGGUCAGCUGAAGCCUGUAGCAGAUCAGUCCAAUAAGGAUCUGCUGCAGCAGGUGGAAGCAGCAUACAGAGCAGAGCGGCCGUCUGUACCUGAGAAGGAUGAGCGCAUCACUGAGCUUUACCACACAUGGCUACAGGGAAUGGGAGAAGAGAAAGCAAGAGAGCUACUUCACACACAGUAUCACACCGUGGAGAAAAGCAACAACGGACUCGCCAUCAAGUGGUGAAAAACCGAAAGCCUGGUAUCUGAAUGGUAGAGUAAUGAGCUCAUCAUCACGAUCUGAAGUACCAUCAGUGUUUGUGAAGUUAUAUCUACAUAUAUAUUUCACAAGCUCACAUAAUUCUGGCUUUGUAACCUGGUGUUAUUUUAUGACAAUUAUAUAAGUACUGAAACAAGACAGCUGUUUGAAAUGAAUAAACUGGUAAUGUUUCUUUUGUAUAAAAAAAAAAAAACAACAAAAAAAAAACAUAUCACAGGAUGCACAGUGUUUGUAUGCUCAGCAAGUUUUCUCCACUUGCAGUUCACUGAGCCCUUCAUGUGCCUAAACAUCGAAGACAUUGAAAGCAGCACAAAAUGUAUACAAUUUAUAUAUUGGUAAUUAUUUUAGGUUUGACCUAAUCCAUGCUUUAGUGACCAAUAAAUUGUGCUUUAAUUAAUUUUAUCUGUUAUUUGUAGGAUGUGAUCCCUGUACCAGCAAUCAGAAAGCUCAUUAUUCCUCUGGGGGAAUGUAUUUCCUGUUCCAUUGCUCUUGACUUGCACAUCACACAGUGAGAUGGUAUAUUCCCUGUAAUAUACAGUACAUAUGAAAAAUAAUUGUCUAGAUGGAAUUGUGGCUGUUCAGAAACUGUGUAAAUAUCAAUUGAUCAUAUGUAUAAAGUUACUUAAUCUUUUAAUAUUUAUUUAGGAAAUCUAUAUUACUGAAUGUUUCUCAAUAAAAAGAAUAUUCUAUAUAA